AUGACAAAAUUCAAGCUCGGCUCGUGGCUCAACACCAGUCCGUCAUCAAACACCGGAGAGGCCGAAGGCAAGAAGCAGAACCGCCUGUCCUUGUCACCCUUUUCUUCUCGGUCAAACGGUACUCUUAAAGAUGAGGUUACCAAGGCGGAAGUCUCGGCGGCAAACGAGCCUGCAAGUUCGUCGUCAAGACUGACAGAGCUUGCUACGAAGAUCGCGGCGGAAACCGGAAAGCUGGAAAAGUACAUGAAGGAAAAUGGCAUGCCGUUGCCGAGUCUGGACCCCGAGGGACCCCUUGACUUUCCCAAGCUUCCCGAGGACAUUCAGAAGAGCCGGAUGGAGAUCAUGUUUGCGACUAGAGAGCUGGAGGCUUUGGUUCAUGGACCCCGAGAAGACGUCAGGUGGAAGGCUUGGAGCACCAAGACCACUCUCGACGCUGUCAACCUCGCGCGUGUACUUCGCCAUGCUAUGACAAACCGAAUUUUCCGCGAGCCUUCGCCGGGCGUGAUCGCUCAUACUGCAGCGUCCCGCCUAUUGGCAGAGGACCAGUCGCUCCAGGACUGGGUUGGCUACAACCUUGAAGACAACUUCCCCGCCUCUGCUCAUGUUCUCCAAGCCCUCAAAGCCUAUCCAGAGGCCACUUCACUCACACGGACUGGCUUCAACUUCGCAUUUGAUACCGUGGACAAGGAGCCGAUGUUCGUCACCUUUGGCAAGGAUCCGGCUCGAGCUAAGCGUUUCGGCGGCGCCAUGGUCAGUCUCACAGGCGGCGAGGGCUAUGAAGUCAAGCACCUCGUUGAUUCAUACGACUUUAGCGACAUUAAUGCUAGAGGCGGAACGCUGGUGGAUAUCGGCGGCAGCCAGGGCUUCGUUUGCGUCGACUUGGCGAAGAAGUGGAAGAAUAUGAAGUUCGUCGUACAGGAUCUUCAGAAAACGAUUGACUCAGCCCCGAAGCCGGUUUCGGACGACACCCAGAUCGCCGAACGCAUCGAGUUCAUGGCACACGACUUCUUCAAAGAACAAACUGUGAAGGAUGCCGAUAUUUUCUUUUUCCGAUGGAUCAUGCACAACUACUCCACGCCUUACGCUGUUUCUAUCCUCAAGAAUCUGGUUCCUGCGUUGAAGCCCGGCGCGAAGGUUGUAAUCAAGGAUCAGUGCCUACGCCAACCUGGAGAAGAGAACCCAUGGGAUGAAAGGAUUAUGCGUGGAAUGGACAUGGUCAUGCUGGCUGUGCUGAACGCGCAGGAGCGUAAUGAGGACGAGUACCGGGCUCUCUUUAAGGCGGCCGACGAGCGAUUCGUCCUGACUAAGAUUUUGCGGCCCAAGGGAUGUAGGAUGAGCAUCAUUGAAGCGGUGUGGGACCCUGAGGCGGCCAAGGAGGGUGCGAAGGGUGAAGAGACGACCGAGGACUCCAACGCAGAGCCCCCUAAAGAGGAAGCAUCGUGA